AUGGGAAGCGUCAGAGAAAAGAAAACUGAAUAUUUCAACAAAUUAAGAGAAUACUUUGAAGAAUACAAGUCUAUCUUCAUUGUUGGUGUUGACAAUGUUUCUUCUCAACAAAUGCAUCAAGUCAGAAAGAACUUGAGAGGCAGAGGUGUCGUCUUAAUGGGUAAGAACACCAUGGUCAGAAGAGCCAUCAGAGGUUUCGUCAAUGACUUGCCAGAUUUGGAAAAAUUGUUACCAUUCGUCAGAGGUAACGUUGGUUUCAUUUUCACCAACGAUUCUUUACAAGAAAUUAAAGAAGUCAUUAUCUCCAACAAGGUUGCUGCUCCAGCCAGAGCUGGUGCUAUUGCUCCAGAAGAUAUCUGGGUUACUGCCGUCAACACCGGUAUGGAACCAGGUAAGACCUCUUUCUUCCAAGCUUUAGGUGUUCCAACCAAGAUUGCCAGAGGUACUAUUGAAAUUGUUUCCGAUGUUAAGGUCGUUGAAGCCGGUAACAAGGUCGGUCCAUCCGAAGCUGCCUUAUUGAACUUGUUAAACAUUUCUCCAUUCACCUACGGUUUAACUGUUGUUCAAGUUUACGACAACGGUCAAACUUUCCCAGCUUCUAUCUUGGAUAUCACCAACGAAGAAUUGGUUGGCCACUUUGUCUCUGCCGUCUCUACCAUUUCUGCUGUUUCUUUGGCUGUUGGUUACCCAACCUUGCCAUCUGUUGGUCACACUUUGAUCAACAACUACAAGGACUUAUUAGCCGUCGCUAUUGCUUCUAAGUACAUCUACCCAGAAAUUGAAGAAUUGAUGGAUAGAAUUGAAAACCCAGAAAAAUACGCUUCUGCUGCUCCAGCCGCUGCUGCCGCUAGCGGUUCUUCUGAUGCUGCUCCAGCCGCUGCCGCUGAAGAAGAUGAAGAAUCUGAAGAUGAUGACAUGGGUUUCGGUUUAUUCGAUUAA